AUGGAAGAUUACGAUGUUAUAGUGAUUGGAACUAGGUUCUCUGGCAUUAGUGCUCUGUAUCGCCUACGCAAAGAGGGCCUGAAAGCCCUCAUAUUCGAAUCCGCUCCUGACUUCGGUGGCGUAUGGUACUGGAACAGCUUCUCGAGAUGCCUCUCCGACCAUAUAGAACUGCGAGAGUACUUUGUUCACAUCGAUAAAACCCUCGAUCUGCGAAAAGAUGUGUCUUUCAACUCAAAAGCCAACAGCUGUACCUGGAACAAGGACGCCUCGCAGUGGACCAUCACCACAGAGUCCGGAGCCAAAGCCAAAGCACAGUUCAUCGUUGUGACAACAGGCCUCCUUCACAAACCACACCCUCCAUCCUGGGAAGCGCAAGCGACAUUCAAGGGAGGCAUCUACCACUCCGCUUCCUGGCCCUCGUCCUCAGACCUCACCGGCAAGAAAGUAGCCAUAACUGGCGCGGGCGCAACCGCCGUCCAAAUCGGCCAGGAAGUCGGCAGACAAGCCUCGCACCUCGUGCGCCGCCCUUCGUACUGCCUGCCCAUGGGCCAGCGGCGCUGGAUCGUCGAUGAGCAAACAGCCUGGAAAUCAUUCUACCCGGCGCUCUUCGCUUCCGGACGGGCGACCCUCGCGGGGUUUCCCACGCAGCGGCGCGAACAGCGCGUGCAAGACGCCAGCGCCGCGGAGCGCGAGGCCUUCUUCGAGCGUAUCUGGGCGUCCGGCGCGUUCCACUUCACCAUGCUCAACUUCAACAACGUCACCACCGGUCCCAAGACGAAACGCAUCGUGUACGACUUCUGGAGAUGCAAGGUCGGGCCGCGGCUGACGCAUCCCGCGAAACAGAUGCUCAGGGCGCCGGAGCGGGCGCCGUAUAUCUUCGGCACCAAGAAGACGCUGCUCGAGCACGGUUACUACGAUGUCUUGAACCGAGCGAACGUCGAGGUUGUCGAUUUGAGCAGAGACGGGGUCAGGACGUACUUGGGCAUCAUGAUGAACGGGUUUCCGAAUGCGUUCAUCGUGUACUCGCCCCAGGCGCUGACUGCGCUUUCCAACGGGCCAACCAUUAUCGAACGCCAAUGCGAUCUCGUCAUCCAGGCCAUCACCUCCCUGCACAAGGAGGGCAAGGCGUCCAUUGAGCCCACGCAGCAAGCGGAAAGCGAAUGGAAGAGUAAGAUGAACACGAUGGUUGAGGGCAGGCUGUUCCCGUACACGAACAGCUGGUGGAACACAAGCAACAUCCCUGGUAAGAGGGUGGAGAAUCAGACCUACAUCCUCGGUAUUGCGGCGUAUGAGGAGUGUCGGGAGAAAUUGGAGAGGUGGCAGGGGUUUGAGGUGGCCGCUGCGUAG